GAAUUUUACGAAAUAUUCGUAAAGUUCAUUUCGUUGAUUAUUAGCCCUACGUGUGGCCGGGAAUAGGUUUAAUGUUAAUUAUAUUGUUUGAACUCGUUUCUAUUCAUCCAUAACGUCUACAGACGAAUAAUAAACGACGUUCCUCAUCGCGUAUAUGUGUUAAAUAUAAUGAGGUGAACAUAGUAAAAACAAUUUCUAGUGCCUACGUACUUCCUACAAUGAUUAAUCUGUUGGGGCAAGGUUCUUUAAUAUUUUAUGCAAAUUAGCAUGGAUAGUGCAGUGACGAGCUCGCCGAGUGUUGUCAUCACGUGUAGCGUACGCUGAGGUUCGCCGAGGUUUCAAGUUUAUUUGCAUUCACAUCGGGUGCCUCGGGUAAAUAAUUCGGAUGGCAUUUCGCUGUUGUACGUGGUAGUGAUCGGUGUUGAAAUGGCUCCGAGGCCUCCGCCGCCGCCCGGUCCGCCGCCGCCCCCGGGGCCGCCGCCGCCACCCGUGUUCGGCAGCUCCAAGAAGGGCGGGUCAGGGGAUGACAGGAACGCUUUACUGAGCUCUAUAAGGCAGGGUGCUAAAUUGAAGAAGACCGUCACAGUGGACAAAAGUGGACCUUAUAUUCCGGGGAAAGUGACUAGUGCUUCGAGUGGCCCCGGUGCGCCGGCUGGUGGGAACGGCGCGAGGAACCCCGCCCCGCUCCAGAAUGGUGGCGGGAGCGCCCCAGGGCUGGGCGGACUGUUCGCUGGAGGCAUGCCCAAGCUGAGACCUACUGGAAAGUUGGCAGGCCAAACGCCCAAUGGUCAAUUGAAGACGGAAGCGCCGCGGUACCCACCGCCGCAGCCACAGCAACCACCUCAAAGAAACUCGCCAGAGAAAGCGAGACCUGCAAUGCCAGCCCCGGCACCAGUAGCUAAUGUGAGCGCUCUGUCCGCGGCACUGUCAGGCGCCCUAGCUGCCAGGGACCUGGCGAACAGAGAUAGAGAGCCCAGGGAACCGCCUGCCCAUCCCGUAGUCAGGAGGCAGCCGAGCGACAUCAAGGCCAGGGGACCGCCUCCUCAGCCCCCUGUGCAGAAACCCGCCAUGCCUUUGAGUUCAUCAGACUCGGUGCUGACGACCGGCUCGAUAUCGGACCGAAUCAACAGCCUGCAGCAACAGCAGUCGGCCGAGCAGCAGACGCCGCCGCACGUCGCGUCCACGCUGCACAGGAACAAGAGCUCGCUACAUGGGUCCUCGAGCUCCGCGCUGGGAGGCAGCAUGACCUCCUUAACUUCAGCGCCACCCCCUCCCACGCCUGCGUCGUCCCUUUCCACGUCAGAUCUGCCGGAACGGGUACGCGUAAGCCAUGGCAAGCCGCACCUGGCCCCAAAGCCGCCCACCAUGAACGCGCCAGACACCAGGCCCUCGCCUCCGCCCAAGAAGCUCAUGGUUAAUGGAAAGAUAGCAUCGAGGACGCAAAGUAUGAGGAUGCCAAAAUCGCCGCCCGUGUCGCCGUCGUCGCCGCAGACGGGCGGCUCGCGGCCCUUCAACCUGCCGCCCGCGCCUCUCAACCCGCCCAUCGGCACCAAGAACCCCGCGUCACACUUUGGCACGAUGCGCGCGCCGCGCGGCAUGCGGCCGCCGGGCGUGUGCCCCCCGCCGCCCCCCGGCGUGUCGCCCCCGCCGCCGCCCGCCGCGCCCCCGCCCCCGCCGCCCGCGCGCAACGCCUCCCUCACGCACCCGCCGCCGCCGCCGCCGCCACACUUCAGGCAGAACAGCGUGAACGGCGACGACCCGUCGGCGCCGCUGCCGCCGGUGCGCGGCUCGUCGAUGCGGUCGGCGGAGCUGGAGGCGCGGUUCGCGGAGCUGUUCCGGCCGGUGGGGUCGUUCCCGCCGCCGGACCCGUUCCUGCGCAUCGCCAAGGGCUACAGCAGCGCCACCGUCGCCGUGAGCAAGGCGCAGGCGCCCGCGCCGCCGCUGCGCGUCCCGCUCCACGGCUGGCCGCGCACCUCCAGCGCCUGCUAGCGACCGCGGGGGGCGGCACCCGCGCCCGCCCCCGCGCACCCCGCACACCCCGCCCCCAG